CUUGAAUUUGGUGAUGAUGAUCUUGUUUCUAUUUGAGAGGGGGAAAUUUAAAUAAUUUUAUUUUUCUACUUUUCAUACACAAACACAAAUUUUUUAGUCGGACAAUUGUUUAAAAGAAGAUAUAAUUAUAAGAAAUUGUACUGUUUUAUUAAAUUGUUUGUUUUUUCUUGUUACGUAUGCAUGCAUGCAUAACGAAUUUUGAGACUUUCUUUUCUCAGUGUCAUUAAUCAUCUAGCUAUAGCUAUAUAUCUGUUUCUUCCUGUUCACAUUUUUUUUUUGGUUGUUGAGGAAAUGGAAAAUAGUGGAUUCCGAAAGGAAAAAAAAAACGAAAUUCUGAAAUUUAUAGGUGUUGUGUUUCAUUUUAUUUUUUGUUUUGUUUUUUAUUAACGAAAUGCAAUUCAUCAACAUAAAAACCAAUUGACAUAGGCUAUAGACAGAGAGGAUGAAAGAAAGACGUAAGAAUUUGUGUUGGAACUAUUGGAAUUGGUCUGUUAUGGAUGGUUAUUUAGUUGUUGUUAACGGUAUUCUACUAAGGGACGGAGCCAGGUAGAGGCAAGGGGUUCAGUCACACCCUAUUUGACGGAAAACUACACUAUAUUGAUAAGAUAAAGAGUAUCUACAUUAGAUAAAUUCUCUUGGUUUCGUCGUACAUUUAUUUCUUUUGUAGUUGAACCUCCUUAAUGAAAAUUCUGAAUCCUCCACCUGAAUCUACUGACACCUUGUUUUGUAUCAAAUUAAAGUGCAGUCAAAACUUACGUAUUUGAUGUGGCCAUAUGCCUGAUGUUUUGAUGAACUCCUUCACUCUCUAUGCAAGAGAUUUUAUACAAUGUUUGGUAAUUACAAGUCGCAGAUUAUUGGAGGACAAAAAGAAAAGUUUGUAAGGUUAGAGGACGCAAACUCUGACAUAUCGUUUAAGUCUGAUAUGGCUGGAAGGACAAAGUAUGGAUUUAAUAUAGAGGGUCAUGCAACCAACCCAUCCAAGUCAAUAAAACUGGGUGUAAAAAGAGGAUCUGAGGGACUAGUGACAUUUGGUAGAACACUGAAAUCUGGCGUUACCCGAGCAGUUUUUCCAGAAGAUUUGAGAGUUUCAGAUAAAAGGAUAUUUGAUCCUCAAGACAAGUCUCUCCUGUUCUGGAAUAGGCUAUUGGUCAUAUCAUGUAUUUUGGCAGUAUCCAUUGAUCCUCUAUUUCUCUACCUUCCUGUUUUUAAGGAUGAAGGGAAGUGUCUCCACAUAGAUGAAAGUUUAGCAAAGAUAGUAAGUUGGAUGCGGACAGCAGUUGAUCUCUUUUACCUUAUCCGCAUGGUUCUCCAAUUUCGAACAGCUUUUAUUGCUCCAUCUUCCCGUGUUUUUGGGCGAGGUGAACUUGUAAUAGAUCCCAAGCAAAUAGCAACCAGAUACCUCAGCCGUUACUUUGUAGUGGAUUUCUUUUCCAUUCUUCCUGCACCGCAGAUUGUGAUAUGGAGAUAUCUUGGUGGAUCAAGAGGUUCGGAUGUAUUGAUUACAAAGACAUUAUUAUCGUACAUCAUCCUCAUUCAAUAUAUUCCUAGAUUUUUGCGGUUUAUUCCAUUAAGUUCGGAUUUGAAAAAGACUGCAGGGGUGUUUGCAGAAACUGCUUGGGCUGGUGCUGCAUAUUAUCUGUUGUGGUUUGUUCUAGCUAGUCAUAUAUUUGGGGCCAUAUGGUACCUGUUAGCUGUCGAACGCAAAGAUACAUGUUGGAAUGAAGCAUGUACCGAAAAUGACCAGUGCAAAGAUAAAUUAUCUUAUCUGUAUUGUUCACGUGAAGGAAACUUCAAUUUGACAGAAUGGCAAAACAUUGGCAAGAGUGUUCUUGAUGAAAAAUGUGCUGAGGAGGAGAAAUUUUCAUAUGGAAUAUAUGCAAGAGCUGUAACAACUAAUGUUCUUGACACUGAAGAUUUCGUGAUCAAAUAUUGUUUCUGUUUGUGGUGGGGCUUGCAGAAUUUGAGCACACUUGGUCAGGGGCUUGAGACCAGUACCUAUACGAAGGAAAAUCUCUUUUCAAUAAUAUUGGCCAUUUCUGGACUCUUACUAUUUGCUCUUCUCAUUGGAAACAUGCAGACCUAUCUUCAGUCUCUAACAGUACGACUUGAGGAGAUGAGGGUCAAAAGGCGUGACUCAGAGCAGUGGAUGCAUCACAGAGUACUUCCUCCUGAGCUAAGGGAGAGAGUUCGACGUUACGAUCAGUACAAAUGGUUGGAAACUCGAGGAGUAGAUGAAGAGAGUUUGGUGCAAAAUCUGCCCAAAGAUCUUAGGAGAGAUAUUAAGCGGCAUCUCUGUCUGAAUUUGGUUAGAAGGGUGCCCUUGUUUGAGAACAUGGAUGAGAGAAUGCUUGACGCCAUAUGUGAGAGAUUGAAACCAAGUUUAUGCACCGAAAGAACAUAUAUAGUUAGAGAAGGAGAUCCAGUUGGUGAAAUGAUGUUUAUAAUCCGUGGUCGCCUAGAAAGUGUAACAACUGAUGGAGGGAGAAGUGGAUUCUUCAACAGAGGUAUCUUGAAAGAAAAUGACUUCUGUGGUGAGGAGCUGCUAACAUGGGCAUUGGAUCCAAAAUCCGGGUCUAACUUGCCGCCAUCAACUAGGACAGUCAAGGCUUUGACAGAAGUAGAGGCAUUUGCCUUAGAGGCAGAAGAAGUGAAGUACAUUACAUCACAGUUCAGGCGGUUGCAGAGUCGACAGGUACAGCACACUUUUAGGUUUUACUCGCAGCAAUGGAGAACCUGGGCUGCCAGCUUCAUACAAGCUGCAUGGCGCCGGCAUACAAGGAGGAAAAUUGCAGAACUUCGUCAAAUUGAGGAAAUGGAAGAGGACGGAUUUAAUGAGAACGAUGAUGGAGAAACUGAGUUUACUCCAAUGCUGCACAAAUCUCUGGAGAGACCAUAUUAGUCUCUUCACAUUUUUGCUGUUUCGAGUUCACAGGCAUUAGAGCUCAAGUUCUAGAGGUUUUGGGACUGGCUUUAGUGUCCAUAAUCCAGACUAAGUCAAGAUGACAUUUUUUGUUUCGAGUGUUUGAAUUUUAAAUAUUAGAGAAUUGUUUUGGGAUUGCUGUAAGAGAUUUAGUUUUGUGUAUUCAAAGUAUCUCAAUUUUGUAAAGAAACAGUUAACACAACUAAAUUAUAUUAUUUUCUUGUCCAACGGGAACGUGUUCCCUAUGGAAAAGGCAA